AUGGCUUUUGGAGGUUGCGAGCAGCCUGCAACUUAUGGUGAGCUGGUGUCCAUCGCAGAUUUGAAUCAUGAUGCCUCAGGAGGGGAGAAACCGAUUGAGGAAACAUGGGAUAAGUGGGCUAUACAGUUGUUGGAAGUUGAAGAUGGAGUCGUGUGCUACAGGGGAAGUUCAUCUUCCGAUCAAACGCGGGGGAGAAAGAAGGAGCGGAGUACAGGUUGCAAAACCGCAAGAAAUGGAUUAAAACCUAAAAGACGAAAUUCGUUUAAGCCUUUCAGUGGCGGAAGCUGUCGAUUGCGAAACCAAAAAAAAGAGUGGAAUCAAGUAUAUAUAGGAAUAGAAGAAGGAAGCAGUUUCGGGAGUUUGACAUCGUGGGAACGCAUUUACAGGGGAAGGCGGAGGGAUAGCAGUCAAGCGAAGCUUGAUCAACGACAUGUUACAAAUCGUGCAAGCUCUCGGAGGUAG